AAUUAAGGUUAAACCACCGUAGUCACGUUGACUAUUUUUACGAAGUCUUUUUUACCUUUCUGGUCCUUGAAAGUGAUAAUUAAAUUGCUGUCUCUGGAGGAGUCAGAGAGCUCUUGGAUUUCAUCAAAAAUAUUGUAAUUUGUGUUUUGAGGAUGAAAGGUCUUACAGGUUUGGAACGACAUGAGGGUGAGUAAUUAAUGACAAAAUUUUCAUUUUUGGGUGAACUAACCCUUUAAGAGGACCCUCUUUUCUUGCAACCCAUGAUUCAUUAAGGGUACCCUUAAUCUUAUAACUAAGGGUUUUUUUAACUUAAGGGCUUUGAUGCAACCGGGCACUGUUAUGUUAUUAUGAGAAGUUUAAAUAUAUUUUCGGGCAGCAACAGACAAUCUUUAUAUUGUGGUGGGCUGCCAACAAUAAAUCCAUGUAUGGGAAACAGGUUUUUUUUUUUUUUUUUCAGUUUUCAAAGUCAAUGAGUGGCCUAUUUUCUGAAAAAAAAAUCUUUCCUUUUUCAGAUUAUCAUUAUGUUACCAGGGAAGUUAUGCAGGCGGGCAUAGCAAAUGGCGAAUUUAUUGAAAAUGCUGAAUUUUCAGGGAACAUGUAUGGAACAAGUAAAGCAGCUGUACAGGCUGUUCAGGCCAAAAAUUUGAUUUGCAUUUUGGACAUUGACAUGCAGGGAGUUAAAAACAUCAAGAGAACCGAUCUCAACCCCAUCUAUGUGUCCAUCCAGGCCCCGUCAAUGGACAUCCUGGAAAAACGAUUAAGGGAUAGAAAAACUGAAUCUGAGGAAAGUCUACAAAAACGUUUACAUGCAGCCAAAGUUGACAUGGAAAUAAGCAAAGAGCCUGGAUUAUUUGAUGUGGUCAUUACCAAUGAUGAUCUUGACGUAGCAUAUGGGAAAUUAAAAGAUGCUCUUCUCGAGGAAAUCCAAAAGGUCAGAGACACCAGCAAAUCCUAGAUGAGAACACACUUGCCAACAACAGCGACCUCUCUAUUCACUUCCAACUUAGUUUUCAAAUCUGAACAUUCCACCCAGGGAAGACUUUAUGAAGUUUGAUCAGUACUCCAACAAAACUGAAUGUAAAAUAUGUUCAUUACUAAAUGGUGCAGACUAAUAUAUUCCAUGUUCAGUUUAAUUAUUGAUCACGCAUGUUACUUCAUUCCAGGGCUAAAGCUAAAAAAGCAUGUAAGAUUCAACCAAGAAACACUCUUAACUCUCAAGGCCUUCUCUUUGAAACAGUUUGUUUUUAUUUUUUAUAAUGAAGGAAGAUUGUUAUAUCUUUGCUAUAUUUGCUGUAUUGUUUGCUAUAUCUAUUUGGUAUUGAUAUAUCUAACUAGCAUGUUCCCUAAUGUAUUGCUUUUCCAUGCUGAUCUUUUUUGAUGAAUUUAAUCAUCUUUUAUUAUAAAAUUUAUCUUGGUUGCUGCUGUAUACAAAUAGGACAAGCAGCUUUACAUUUGUGAUAUUUAAACAUUCUAGCUAUUAUCUGCACAUAUGGCUGCUUUUAUUCUAACAAUUGCAUCUGAACGUCUGACAUAGUAAUUAGUUAAGAAAAGAAGCUUUGCUCAACUUCUACAAAUUCUUAAAUAAUGGUAAUGGUUGCUUCCCAUAUGCUGGUGUCUUGAAUUGCACAAUCAUGUUUCACAUACACAAGUGAAAUAUUGUCCUCUUAUUUUUUUUUUUUUUAAUUAUUAUUAUUUUUUUAUUAUUAUUAUUAUUAUUUUUUUUUUUUUUUUACAAAACAUGUUUGUUUUAUAAAGAGUUCAAAGGCAAUACAGAUGUUGUUUCAGAUUUUUAGUGUAAGGCAGCUCAUAAACACAGCCACAAGUCUUGUAGCAGUAGGUUUAGGACAUGUUGUUGACACAAAGCUUUGUCUUAUACAGCUGAUCUUUAGCAGAUGUUCAGAUUGCUCCAGCAAUUCUAAUCUGCCCCUGUCAAAAAGGCAGUUAAAUAAUUUGGAAACCAAAAUAAAACAAUUUGUUUUUGUUUUUUUAAAUAUGAAACAGAGUAAUUUUUUUCUUGUUUUGUUUACACCCUUAUGUUUAUCAGCAGUUAAAACAUUUAUAUAAAGUGAUUUCACAUGAUUAAAUACCUUGAUAGACAUAAAAUAUUUGUUACCUUCCCAUAAUUGUCCAAUGUCAUGAGCUAUGUGGUUCCAGUUUACCUGAUAUAAUGUUAUAACAUAAUAGAUUGACUUAAAAUGUGGUCUUGUUUUUUUUUUUUUUAUUAUUUAGCACAUAUACUCUGGCUGCAGUUUAGCAGAAGAAAGUUUGGCAUCAAGUUUAUAUUUGAUUCUCCAAAACCUUCAAAGUACUGUGUGUGACUUUUUGUCCAUUGAGUGUGAAAACAAUGUAAUAAAAAUGCAAAUUGUGAUGUAUACACAUACAUGGUUUAUCAAAAUUGAACAAACGUUUUCUUAAAAUUGCACAAUUUUAAAGAAACCAAAUGACCAGACACCAGCUGUUUUUGAAAUGUAGAACGAUCCCGUGUUUGUUGCGAAACUUCUAAUAAUUUAGGGGGAGGAGGGUUAUGCUUAUACAAGUUGACAGAUUUUCUACUUCAGAGUUAUUUUAUUCCUUGGUGCAUCGUAAACAUUUAGUUGAAAUAGACCUGUCAAACAUUUGUGGUAUAUAUGAAAUCUGAGAAAUGCAUUUAAUGUCUCAAAUGUAUAAACCAAAUGUCACUGUUUUCUUUUUUUUCGUAAACUGUGUACAUGUACCAUGCAGGUGUAAUAAAACUACGCUAUUACAGUUAA